AUGGAGCGGCUGCUACAGGGGCCAGGGGCGGCUGCUGCAGCGGCGGCUGCUCCAGGGGCUGCUGCUGCUGGGGCGGCUGCUCCAGGGGCUGCUCCAGGGGCUGCUGCUGGGGCGGCUGCUCCAGGGGCUGCUGCUGCUGGGGUAGCUGCUCCAGGGGCUGCUGCUGCUGGGGUGGCUGCUCCAGGGGCUGCUGCUGCUAGGGCGGCUGCUGGAGGGGCUGCUGCUACUGGGGCGGCUGCUCCAGGGGCUGCUGCUGCUGGGGCGGCUGCUCCAGGGGCUGCUGCUGCUGGGCCGGCUGCUCCAGGGGCUGCUGCUGCUGGGGCGGCUGCUCCAGGGGCUGCUGCUGCUGGGGCGGCUGCUCCAGGGGCUGCUGCUGCUAGGGCGGCUGCUCCAGGGGCUGCUGCUGCUGGGGCGGCUGCUCCAGGGGCUGCUGUUGCUGGGGCGGCUGCUCCAGGGGCUGCUGCUGCAGUGGCGGCUGCUCCAGGGGCUGCUGCUGCUGGGGCGGCUGCUGCAGUGGCGGCGGCUCCAGGGGGUGCUGCUGCUGGGGCGGCUGCUCCAGGGGCUGCUGCUGCUGGGGCGGCUGCUCCAGGGGCUGCUGCUGCUGGGGCGGCUGCUCCAGGUGCUGUUGUUGCUUGGGCGGCUGCUCCAGGGGCUGCUGCUGCUGGGGCGGCUGCUCCAGGGGCUGCUGCUGCUGGGGCGGCUGCUGCAGUGGUGGCGGCUCCAGGGGCUGCUGCUGCUGGGGCGGCUGCUCCAGGGGCUGCUGCUGCUGGGGCGGCUGCUCCAGAGGUUGCUGCUGCUGAGGCGGCUGCUGGAGGGGCUGCUGCUGCUGGGGCGGCUGCUCGAGGGGCUGCUGCUGCUGGGGCGGCUGCUCCAGGGGCUGCUGCUGCUGGGGCGGCUGCUCUAGGGGCUGCUGCUGCUGGGGCGGCUGCUCUAGGGGCUGCUGCUGCUGGGGCGGCUGCUCCAGGGGCUGCUGUUGCUGGGGCAGCUGCUCCAGGGGCUGCUGCUGCUGGGGCGGCUGCUCCAGGGGCUGCUGCUGCUGGGGCGGCUUCUCCAGGGGCUGCUGCUACAGCGGAAAGCCCCUAA